AUGCUGCAGGACACCAGGGCAAGCCCUGCAGGGCAGGCAGGACCCAGCUCAUUCUUCCUCCCCGCCUCCCUCCAGGCCCAGGGCCCCAGCCAGUGCCCAGCGCCGCUGGGAGCCCCGGCCAGCACCACGGACGGCACCCAGGAAGCCCGAGUCCCCCUGGACGGGGCCUUCUGGAUUCCAAGGCCCCCGGCAGGCUCACCUAAGGGUUGCUUUGCCUGCGUGUCCAAGCCCCCGGCCCUGCAGGCUCCAGCGGCCCCGGCCCCUGAGCCCUCAGCAUCACCCCCCAUGGCGCCCACCCUGUUCCCCAUGGAGUCCAAGAGCAGCAAGACGGACAGCGUGCGGGCCUCCGGUGCCCCCCAGGCCUGCAAGCACCUAGCAGAGAAGAAAACUAUGACGAACCCCGCAACGGUCAUUGAAGUCUACCCCGACACCACCGAGGUCAACGAUUACUACCUGUGGUCCAUCUUCAACUUCGUCUACCUCAACUUCUGCUGCCUGGGCUUCAUUGCGCUGGCCUACUCCCUCAAAGUUCGGGACAAGAAGCUUCUCAACGAUCUGAACGGAGCGGUGGAAGACGCCAAGACGGCCCGGCUCUUCAACAUCACCAGCUCUGCGCUGGCCGCGUCCUGCAUCCUCCUUGUCCUCAUCUUCCUGCGGUACCCGCUCACCGACUACUGA